AGCGGCCUCCUCCUCCUCCUCCGGCCUCCUCCUUUUCCUCCUCCUCCUCCUUCUCCUCCGGGCCGCGUUGGGGGCAGGCGAAGCUGUAAUUCCGGGAACCGGCCCUCACCCCGUCUCAUGAGUCCAGCUCCGAAAGCAGCUAAAUGUUACAGAGGUCGUGAGAUUCUGCUCAGACAUGAGCAGCGACAGCAAUUCCCUGGCCCGCGAAUUUCUGACCGACGUCAACCGCCUGUGCAAUGCCGUGGUCCAGAGGGCGGAGGCCAGGGAAGAGGAGGAGGAGGAGACCCACAUGGCAGCCCUCGGCCAGUACCUGGUCCAAGGUCGCGGGUUCCUGUUGCUCACCCAGUUGAAUUCCAUCAUCGAUCAGGCUCUGACAUGUCGAGAAGAACUGCUCACUCUUCUCCUGUCGCUGCUUCCCCUGGUGUGGAGAAUUCCCGUCCAAGAGGAGAAGGCUGUGGACUUUAAUCUGCCCUUCUCUGCCGACCUUGUCCUGACCAAAGGAGCCAACUCAAGCCUGCUGAAAUCCACUCAGGAAAAGCCGCCUCUGGACGGACGGACCCCGCCCGCCCCCGGCCCGGCCAGAGCAAGCGGCCCCCGGCCAAACAGACACCAGCGCAGGACCGCCCAGCGUUAUUCCGUUCGGGACGCCCGGAAGAGCCAGCUCUCAACGUCCGACUCGGAAGCGAACUCCGACGAGAAGAGCCUGGCCACGGUCAGGUAUAGGCGGGCCCGCCUCACGCACCGCCUCGUCGCCCCCACCCCCGAGGGGGACCCCCCGCCGGCCCGAGCUGCCCCACUCCCCGCCGCCGCGGACCACGAGAGCCCCGGGCCGCCGGCCCCGGACGAGCCGGCCGCCGCCUCGGCGGACAGUUCCCCCUUCGACCUCUGUCACGUCUUGCUGUCCCUGCUAGAGAAGGUCUGUAAGUUCGACGGGCAGGCGCACCCCAGGUCGGCCCUGGCCGCCAGCGUGGUGCCCACGCUGACGGAGUUCCUGGCGGGCUCCGGGGAGGCCGGCGGGCCGAGGGGCCCCGCGGAGAGCCGGGGGGUCUGCGCGGGAUGGACGGAGGAGCCCGUGGCUCUGGUGCAGAGGAUGCUGUCCCGCGCGGUGUUGCGCCUCGUGUCCGUCGAGGUGGGCCCCGCGGAGGCCGCGCCCGACAGCCUGAGGAAGAACCUGACGGAGGUCCUGCGGGCCGCCUCCGGGAUCCGGGCCCGCUGGGAGAAGCGGCCGGGGGCCGAGGGGGACCCCCGGGAGGCGGAGGAGGCCCCCGCGUUCCCCCUCCACCGCCACCGGGCCCUGCUGCUGCCGGAGCUGCUGCGGGGAGUGCUGCAGCUGCUGAUCGGCUGCCUGCAGGGCGCCGCCUCUGACCCCUCCUCCUUCAGCCAGGCCAUGGACCUGGUCCAGGAAUUCAUCCAGCACCAGGGCUUCCAGCUGGUGGAGGCGGCCGUGCUCCGGCUGGAGGGGCUGGCGGCGGGCGAGGCGGCGGACCACCUGCGGGCGCUGCUGAACUGGGUCCUCAGGCUCAUCGGCACCGUCAAGAAGGCCAAGUCGGAGCAGCUGCACCAGUCCAUGUGCCCGCGCAAGAGGCACCGGCGCUGCGAGUACUCGCACUUCCUCCAUCACCACCGGGACCUCUCGGGCCUCCUGGUCUCGGCCUUCAAGAGCCGGGGGUCCGAGCACCCCUUCGAGGAGAGCGCCGACGGCGAGGUGCGGUACCCCGAGCGGUGCUGCUGCAUCGCCGUCUGCGCGCACCAGUGCCUGCGGCUGCUGCGGCGGGCCAGGCUGGGCGCCACCCGCGUCCAGAUCCUCUCCGGGAUCCACGGCGUGGGCAUCUGCUGCUGCAUGGACCCCGGGUCGGUGAUCGGCCCGCUGCUCCACGCCUUCGGCUCGCCCGGGCUGAAGCCCUUCCAGCCGCACGUCCUCGGCGUCCUGGCCCAGCUGGUGCUGGACCAGCUGGGCGGGGCGGAGCCCUCCCCGCAGCCCAGGCCGGCCGCCUGCAACGUCUGCGCCGUGGACGGCGACCGCUUGGCCCCGCUGGAGGAGGCCCUGCGGGGGAGCCCCGCGGAGGGCGGCCCGGCCCCGGCCUCGGCCUCGUUCCGCUCGCGGGGGAUCCUCCCCAGCAGCGGGGGCGAAGAGCUGCUGUGGAAGUGGGACGCCCUGGAGGCCUACCGCUCCCUGGUGCUCGGGGCCGAGCCGGGGCCCGGGGCGCAGCUCGCCGGCCACGUGUGCCACCUCGUCCAGAGGGGCAACGCCGUGGUCCGGUGGAAGCUCUACAGCUACGUCUUCCACCCGGUCCUCCAGAGGGGAGCGCAGCUGGCCCUGCGGUCCCGGCAGCCCGGCGGCCCGCAGGCGGCCGGCCCCGGCGGCUGGUGUCUGCCCCAGGAAGUGCUCCAGAUCUAUCUGCAGGCUCUGCCGGGACUGCUGAGAUCCAGGGUGCUCCGAGACUUGUUUUUAAGUUGUGACGGAGUCAAUCAGAUGAUUGAACUAAAUUACCUGGAUGGGAUUCGGAGCCAUUCCCUGAAGGCGUUGGAAACGCUGAUCAUCUGCCUCGGAGAACAGCAGAAAGACUCCCCGAUCCCGCAACCCGACGACCCGGGCCAAGAGCAAGAGGAAUUCCCUUUCCUCGCGCCUCCUCCCCUCCCCGGCCGACCGGCGAGUUCCGAAUCCCCCCAGAGCCUCAGCAGGUUUUACGCCGGCCUCCGGGAGACCUGCCCGAGGAAGCGCAAGAGCGCGGAUCAGGACGCCCACGUGAACACCGUCAACCUCUUCCUGUGCGUGGCGUUCCUGUGCGUGAGCCGAGAAGCGGACGGCGAGUGGGACCUGGCCAACGACUCGGAGGACACGUCCGGCUACGACAGUACCGCCAGCGAGCCUCUGCCUCAGGCCCUCCCGGCCCUGUCCCCGGAGAGCCUGGCCCUGCCGCCCCCGGAGCACACCCGCCGGGCGGCCGACACCUGGACCGUGGGGCGGGCCAUCUACAUGGCCGACCCCGUCUUCCAGAAGCAGUUUCACCGACUGGGCGGCCUCGAGGUCUGCCGCCGGUUGAUCACGAUGAUCAUCCAGAAGCUGUCCCGGAGCGGCGGAGAGGUGGACGGAAGCAAAGCGCCCGGCGGGAAUGCCCGGCGCGAGGGGGCGGAGGCGGGAGAGCGGGACCGCGAGCCUGGGGCGUCGGGGGCGGGCGGCCCGGAGCCAAAUGGCCGUUGGGAUUCGCCGCCCACCGCCACCGCCCCCCUCGGAGAAGCCGGGGCGGAGGACAGGCAAGAGAGGGAGUGUUCCCUUCAGAGGAUCAGGCUCUUGGAAGCUCUUCUGGCUAUCUGUCUUCACAGCGCAAGGACCGGCCAGCAGAAGAUGGAGGUGGAGUGGCCCAAUCAGAAUCCGUCGGUGGAUGAUCUCUUACUCGAAAUGCGGGACCACCUCUCCCGGGCUAAAGUGGUCGAGACGGAUUUAGCCAAGCCUCUGUUCGAUUCGCUGCUUCGCGUGGCCUUGGGAGAUUAUCUGACGGAUGUGGACCGUUCCGAAGAGAAAACCGACAAGAACCAUCAGGCCAAAACAGAGCCCGUAUCCCAGCCCGGCGACCUGUCCGAAGAAGCCGAGGAGUCCCAGGAUUGUAACCUGAAGCUCUUGGUUGAGGAAGAGGGCUACGAAGCAGAUAGCGAAAGCAACCCCGAAAGCAGCGAGAGCCAGGAGGAAGGGGGUGGCUCCAAGGGAGAAGCAGAACGCCGUCGUCUUUCGUGCUCUCCCGGCGACCUGACCGAAACCCUCCCGAAAGGCGAAUUAAUUUAUCCUGAGAUCUGUACUCUGGGGUUGAACCUGCUGUCGGCUGCUAAAACCAGAGUAGACGUGCUGGCCCACGUCUUCGAGAGCUUCCUGAGAGUCGUCCGGCAGAAGGAAAAGAAUGUCACUUUACUCAUGCAGCAGGGCACUGUCGGAAAUCUGCUAGGAGGCUUCCUAAGCAUCCUGACCCAAACCGAUUCCAGCUUCCAGGCAUGCCAGAUAGUACUGAUGGAUCUGUUAGUGUCUUUGAUGAGCUCAAGAACGUGUUCGGAAGAACUAACCCUUCUCUUGAGAAUAUUCCUGGAAAAAUCUCCUUCAACUGAAGUUCUUCUGAAAGGCAUCCUGAAGAUUGUGGAGAGCAACACUACCCUGAGCCCCUUACAAUACCUCACCUUCCCCUUGCUGCAGAUCCCCAAUUUAAGCAGCAGCUCCUCUUCCCAAAAGUGCACCAGCAUCAUCAGCAGCAAGGCCCUGGGACUCUGGAAACGGGCCCGGGUUUCACAGAGCCGGAAGGAAGCCGACGGCGGGGCCGGCGGAGCCCAUCAGCUCCUUUCUUCUUGGCACGUGGCCCCCAUCCACUUGCCCCUGGUCGGGCAGAACUGUUGGCCCCACAUGGCCGAGGGCUUCAGCGUUUCCUUGUGGCUGAGCGCCGAGGGGCUCUACGAGGCGGAGAGCCCCCCGGAGAGGGGGAAGAAGAUGAGGAGGCGGAGCAAGCCAGGUGGACAAGAUGGCAGCUCGAGUGGUCCAGGAGGAGGCAGGCGGGGAGGUGUGGCGAGCGUGAGUUCCGGGGAGACCCUCGUGGACGACGGCUGCAUUCACCUGCUCUCUCUCGGCUCCAAAGUGCUGAUGAUUCAAGUGUGGGCUGAUCUGAGCACGGGCACCCUGAUCUUUCGCAUGUGUAUGGAUCCAAACGAUGACAUGAAAGCCGGCUUGUUAGCGCAAGUCGAAUCUCAAGAGAACGUUUUCCUCCCCGGGAAAUGGCAACAUUUGACACUAACAUACUCGCAGCAGCCCGAGGGCAAAAAGAAUAUCCACGGGAAGGUGUCCAUGUGGGUCUCAGGGCAGAGGAAACCCGAUGUCGCCCUAGAUUAUACCCUGCCAAGAAAAACCAGUUUGUCAUCGGAUAGCAAUAAGACAUUUUGCAUGGUGGGCCACUGUCUGUCUUCCCAGGAGGAACUCUUGAGAGUGGCUGGAAGAUGGGACCUGGGGAAUCUACUCCUCUUCAACGGGGCCAAGAUUGGUCCUCAAGAAGCCUUCUAUCUCUAUGCCUGUGGGCCUGACUUUACCUCAGUAAUGCCUUGUAAAUACGGCAAGUCACCAAGUGAUUACUCUAAGUAUAUCAGUAAAGAAAUCCUGCAGUGUGAACAAAUCAGAGAUCUUUUUAUGUCCAAGAAAGACGUGGACCUUAGCCUCUUAAUCGAAGGUCUUGCUGUUGUUUAUUCGUCGCACCGUCCUGCCCAGUACACAAUCUAUGAGCCCGUUAUAAGGCUUAAAGGUCAGGUGAAGACCACGCUCUCUCAGAGACCGUUCAGCACGAAGGAGGUCCAGAGCAUCCUACUGGAGCCUCACCAUCUAAAGAGCCUGCAGCCCGUGGAAUACAGAACUCUUCAGGGCGUCCUGCAUGAGAUCGGAGGGGCCGGUGCGUUUGUCUUUCUCUUUGCUCGGGUGGUUGAUAUCAGCAGCUGUGAAGAAACUCAAGCCCUGGCACUUGAAAUUGUCCUCUCUCUAACCAAAUAUAACCAAGAAAGAAUACAGGAGAUGGAAAACUGUAAUGGGUUUUCCAUGAUUCAUCAGGUGUUGAUCAAACAGAAAUGUAUCGUGGGCUUUCACUUUCUGAAGACCCUUCUCGAAGGCUGCUGUGGGGAGGAGAUGCUCCACGUGACCGAGGACGGACAGUUCAAGCUUGACGCCAACUCCUCGGCCGUAAUUCGGGAUGUUAAGUUACUGGAAGAGCUGCUGCUCGAUUGGAAGAUAUGGUCGAAGGCAGCGCAAGGCGUCUGGGAAACUCUCUUGGCCGCCCUGGAAGUUCUCAUCAGGGACAAUCACCACCAGCAGAUGUUCAAUAUUAAACAGUUGCUGAAAGCCCGAGUGGUUCAUCACUUCCUUCUGACUUGUCAAGUCCUGCAGGAACACAAAGAGGGGCAUCUCACUUCCAUGCCUCGGGAGGUGUGUCGAUCCUUCGUGAAAAUUAUCGAGGAGGUGCUCGGAUCUCCGCCGGACUUGGAGUUACUGACCCUGAUCUUCCAUUUCCUCAUCGCUGUCCACCCCCCGACUAAUACGUAUGUCUGUCAUAACCCCACCAACUUCCACUUUUCCCUGCACAUAGAUGGCAAGCUGUUUUUGGAAAAAGUGCAGUCGAUCGUGUAUAUGAGACAUUCCAGCAGUGGUGGAAAAUCGAUUGCUAGUCCUGGAUUUAUAAUUACAAGCCCAUCUGGUUUUACUGCUUCACCACCUGAAGGAGAUGCUUCCUCCCACCUCUCGCCAGAGGCUCCCUCCCCGGCUGCCCUGCUCCGGUCAAGGAGCCUCCCGGCCUCCCCCACGGCUUCCCCCGACGCUCGCCCCCGGAGGCUGGCCGGGAGCCUGGGCCGGGGCAUCGACGACCUGCAGCGCCUGGCCAAGAGCGACGUCUCCGGCCCGGCGGCGGGGAGAGGGAGCCCGGCCCUGCCCCCCGGUCAGGAGGACGCCCUGGUCAGCAGCUGCGAGUCGGCCCAAACCACCUGCGAAGCGGAAGAGCCGGCUCUGGCCCGGCCCGACGGGGCCGAGUCGGGGCCCCCGGCCAUCAGGCUGGAGGGCCGAGAGGCGAGGUCGGACGACGAGAGCGCCGCGGCCGGCUCGCCCCCGCAUCGCCCGGACCACCUGAAGGGAUUGUCCUCGUUCCAGAGGAGCCACGGCAACGUGGCCAGCUUGGGGCUGGCUUUCCCCGCCCAGAACGCGGGCGCCUCCGCCAUCGCUCGCUGGCCGAGCCUCGCCGAGAGGGGCACGGUUCCCGAAGACUGGGAGACGUUCGCCUUCUCUCCGGGUUACGGACGAACCUGCGACAAAACCGCCAGCGCCGUCGACAGGUCUUCGGAAGACUGCCUGGUGCUUAUUUGCUGUGGCUUGUAUGAGCUCUUGAGGGGCGUCCUUCUGAUACUGCCGGAUCUCAUGCUGGAAGAUGUUUUGGACAGACUUAUUCAAGCAGAUACUCUUAUAGUUCUCGUUAACCACCCUUCUCCACUCAUACAACAAGGAGUCAUUAAACUGCUGGAUGCCUAUUUUAACCGAGCUUCUAAGGAACAGAAAGACAAGUUCCUGAAGAACCGUGGCUUUUCCCUGCUGGCCAAUCAGUUGUAUCUUCACCAGGGAACUCAGGAGCUCUUGGAAUGCUUCCUGGAGAUGCUGUUCGGCCGACCUAUUGGCCUCGAAGAAGAGAUCGAUCUGGAAGAUGUGAAAAACGUGGGGCUGUUCCGGAAGUGGUCGGUCGUCCCCAUCCUGGGACUCAUCGAGAACUCUCUGUAUGACAGCAUCCUCUUGCACAACUCCCUCUUUCUCCUCCUGCAAAUCUUGAAUUCCUGUUCUAAAGUGGCAGACCUGCUGUUGGAUAACGGACUCCUCUACGUGCUCUGCAAUACCAUAGCGACUCUGAACGGACUCGAGACCAACAUUUCUCUGAACGACCACAAGUUACUCGUCUGCGACAUCCAACAGCUCCUCGUCGCCAUCACCAUUCACGCGUGCAGUUCCUCAGGUCCACAGUAUUUUCGGGUAAUUGAGGACCUUAUUAUACUCCUUGGAUAUCUUCAAAGCAGUAAAAACAAAAAGACACAAAACAUGGCUGUGGCACUUCAGUUUAGAGUCCUCCAGGCGGCCGUCAAUUUUAUCAAGACCACUUCAACUCAAGACACCCAGAACCUGACCAAUUCAUUCCAGUUCCCUUCCACUCCCCAUCAUGCAAUAUUUCAAAAGCGGAAAAGCAUUGCCGGUUCAAUUGCAAUGAAAGGUUCCAUUAUUCCUCGCCUACCAAGAUGCCAUUUCUCUUCCUCCGGACAAUUCGCGACGCCCCUUUCCUUCAGUGUGUUAAAUCAGGACUCACCCCCUCCGUUCCCCAUCGGAGCUGCUUCGUGUGCUCACCCUCCCAGAUCAGGUCCUCGGAGGUUUGCUCUCGUUCAGUCGGAGUCCCUGCUGAUGAAAAUGCGUUCGGUGGCCAGCGAUGAGCUCAACCUGAUGAUGCAGCGGAAAAUGAGUCAAGAGAAUCCUAUCCGGGCCACCGAAACAGAACUCGCCCAGAGGCUACAGAGGCUCGUGAUUCUCGCAAUUAACAGGCUUAUUUACCAAGAGUUUAGCCCAGAUUAUAUCGAUAUCCUGAGCACACCAGAGACCGCAACUCAGAGCGGACCUUCAGCGGCCCGGGUUGGAAAAUCCGACGAAGAAAUUCAUCACGAGCAACCCGAUGUGACAAAUCCAUUUCAGAGAGAAAUGUUCAGAACCUUGGUGGAAGGAGCGAGGGUGUCCAUUGUCUCCGGUCGGACCGGCAGCCUCAAGCAGCAGUGGACUAAAAUUCUGUGGACCUGUAAGGAUACAUUCCGAGUGCAGCUCGGAAGAUUCCUGGUGCAUCUUUCGUCGCCGGCCCGCUCCCUACGGGAGAGGACGGAGGUUCUGGAGAUGGCGCGCGAACCGAACCUUCAGGAAAUUCUGCGAGAGUGCCUCAGUCCGACUUUGCAACACGGGCCCAAGCUAGCCCUGUAUUUAUACGAGCUGAUGCACGCCCACCGAGACGAAGUGACGGAAGAGGAACUGGCCACAGCAGAAAUGCUUUUGAGCGCCGUGAAAGGAUGUGGCCAUAAAUGCAUUCCUCCCGGCGCCCCUCCGAAAGACUUCACCAAGGUGGUAAAAGAGGAGCAGAAGAAGCUUGAAGCAGAGGAAGAAGUGAGUAAAGCCGCUUGGCAGAAGACCGUCUCCAACAACCAACACAGUCUCUUUCAGCGCCUGGAGGGCAAGUCAAAGGAUAUCUCCAAAGUAGCCGCGGACAUCACGCAAGCAGUGUCUCUGUCUCAGGGAAUCGAGAGGAAGAAGGUGAUCCAGCAUAUCAGGGGGAUGUAUAAAGUCGACUUGAGCGCCAGCAGGCACUGGCAAGAGAUGAUCCAGCAGCUCACCCACGACAGGGCCCUCUGGUACGACCCCGUCUGCUACCCGACCUCGUGGCAGUUGGACCCCACGGAAGGCCCGAACCGGGAGAGGCGACGCCUGCAGAGGUGCUACUUGACGAUCCCGAACAAAUACCUGCUCAGAGACCGGCAAAGAGCCGAAGAUGUGGUUAAACCGCCCCUGUCUUACCUCUUUGAGGACAAAAUCCAUUCCUCUUUCUCCUCUACUGUGAAAGAUAAAGCCGCUAGUGAAUCUAUAAGAGUAAAUCGACGCUGUAUCAGCGUGGCUCCAUCUAGAGAGACGGCUGGUGAAUUGUUACUGGGCAAAUGCGGAAUGUAUUUUGUGGAGGACAAUGCUUCCGACACGAUUGACAGCUCGAGUCUUCAGGGAGAGACGGACCCGGCGUCAUUUUCGUGGACGUUUGAAGAAAUUAAGGAAGUUCACAGACGUUGGUGGCAGCUCAGAGAUAAUGCUGUAGAGAUAUUUCUGACCAAUGGCAGAACUCUUCUGUUGGCUUUUGAUAAUACCAAGGUCCGCGAUGACGUGUACCACAAUAUCCUCACCAACAACCUCCCCAACCUUCUGGAAUACGGCAACAUCACCGCCCUAACGAACCUCUGGUACUCGGGACAGAUCACUAACUUCGAAUACCUGACUCAUUUAAACAAACACGCGGGCCGUUCGUUCAACGACCUCAUGCAGUACCCGGUAUUUCCAUUCAUACUCGCCGACUACGUCAGCGAAACGCUCGACUUAAAUGAUCCGUCGGCCUACAGAAACCUGUCGAAACCCAUUGCCGUGCAAUCUAAAGAAAAGGAAGAUCGUUACGUGGACACGUACAAGUAUCUGGAAGAAGAGUUCAGGAAAGGGGCCAGAGAAGAUGACCCAAUGCCUCCCGUGCAGCCCUAUCACUACGGCUCCCAUUAUUCCAACAGCGGGACCGUGCUCCACUUCCUGGUCCGGAUGCCCCCCUUCACCAAGAUGUUUUUAGCCUAUCAAGAUCAGAGCUUUGACAUUCCAGACAGAACCUUCCAUUCCACAAACACAACGUGGCGCCUCUCAUCCUACGAGUCCAUGACCGACGUGAAGGAGCUCAUCCCGGAGUUUUUCUACCUACCCGAGUUCCUAGUUAACCGAGAAGGUUUCGAUUUCGGCGUGCGGCAGAACGGCGAGCGAGUCAAUCACGUCAACCUGCCCCCGUGGGCCCGGAACGACCCCCGCCUCUUCAUCCUGAUCCACCGCCAGGCUCUGGAGUCCGACCAGGUGUCCCAGACCAUCUGCCAGUGGAUCGAUCUGGUGUUCGGCUACAAGCAAAAGGGCAAGGCCUCCGUCCAGGCGAUCAACGUCUUCCACCCGGCCACCUAUUUCGGGAUGGACGUGUCUGCGGUCGAGGACCCGGUCCAGAGACGAGCCCUGGAGACCAUGAUCAAGACGUACGGGCAGACACCGCGCCAGUUGUUCCACACCGCCCACGCCAACAGGCCGGGGGCCAAGCUCAACAUCGAAGGCGAGCUGCCGGCGGCCAUGGGCUUGUUGGUGCAGUUCGCUUUCCGGGAGACCAGAGAGCAGCCCAGGGACGUCGUCCAUCCGAGUCCUCUGUCCUGGAUUAAAGGCUUGAAGUGGGGGGACUAUGUGGGGUCCCCAAGUGCCCCGGUCCCCGUAGUCUGCUUCAGCCAACCGCACGGAGAGAGAUUUGGGUCCCUGCAAGCCCUGCCUACCCGAGCUAUCUGUGGACUGUCCCGAAAAUUCUGCCUCCUGAUGAUCUACAGCAAAGAGCAAGGCGUGCGAAGCAUGAACAACACCGACAUCCAGUGGUCCGCCAUUCUGAGCUGGGGAUACGCCGACAACAUUUUAAGGUUAAAAAGCAAACAGAGCGAGCCUCCUGUGAACUUCAUUCAAAGUUCCCAGCUCCACCAGGUCACCAGCUGUGCUUGGGUGCCGGACAGCUGCCAGCUGUUCACCGGGAGCGAGUGCGGCGUCAUCACGGCCUACGCGAACAGGUUCACGAGCAGCACGCCGUCAGAGAUAGACAUGGAGUCUCAGAUUCACCUGUACGGCCACACCGAAGAGAUCACCGGUCUGUUCGUCUGUAAACCCUACAGCAUAAUGAUAAGCGUGAGCAAGGACGGAACCUGCAUCAUAUGGGACUUGAACAGGUUGUGCUACGUGCAGAGUCUCGCCGGCCACAAGAGUCCGGUAACGGCCGUCUCCGCGAGUGAAACCACCGGCGACAUCGCCACCGUUUGUGACUCAGUUGGAGGAGGCAGCGACCUGAGACUUUGGACGGUAAACGGUGACCUCGUCGGGCACGUCCACUGCAGAGAAAUCAUUUGCUCUGUGGCUUUCUCGAAUCAGCCCGAGGGAGUGUCCAUCAAUGUGAUCGCAGGGGGUUUAGAAAAUGGAAUUGUAAGGUUAUGGAGCACAUGGGACCUGAAACCCGUUCGGGAAAUUACGUUUCCUAAAUCCAAUAAACCCAUCGUGAGCCUCACCUUUUCCUGCGACGGCCAGCACCUCUACACGGCCAACAGCGACGGGACGGUCAUCGCCUGGUGCCGGAAGGACCGGCAGUACCUGAAGCAGCCGAUGUUCUACUCGUUCCUGAGCAGUUACGCGGCCGGGUGAAGGGACCCCGGAAGAACCUCCGGCGUCCUCUCCGCCUCGGCCCCAGGGACCCACUUCUGCCGCCCUCCCCCGUCCCCGGGCCCAGAACGAGUCGGGCCUCCACCCGCGGCCGGGGACCGGGAAGCCUUCGAAAGGACCCGUGCGGUGUAUCCCGUUCCUGCUCGGAAACUAGACGGGGGAGAGAGGAAAAAAAAAACGUGUCCUCCGCAACGCCGUCCUGUCAGGAGAAGCUUGGCAGGGCGCCAUCCCCAACAUUUUACCUACUGCACUGUAAAUUGUAGUAUUUUUACCUGGUUUUGGUAUUUUGCGGCGGGGGGCGGGGGGAGGAGUCCAGAUCUUGAAAUACCCGGGGUCUCUCGGACCCCCGGAAUUCCUUUCUAUUCUAAAAAUGCCAUUCGCAUUUAAAAUAGCUCAAUAUUUAUAAGGUACUCGUGUCCGGUGUAAGAACGUCCGAUCACGUCGGGGGGCUACCCCAAAUAUAAAAACUUCAGGAGUCAAUCAAUGCUUUCUUUGCGAAGCAGAUUAUUCAGUAGGUGCCUUUUGCACCAAGCAUUUUCAGGAGGGUCAGACUAUGGCGAUCGGACCCUUUCGCGAAUGGCGAGGUUUUUCUGGCCGGGGGCUUCAGCCGUAGGCAGGACUAGAACCUUUCCAGCGGGUUCUGGCCCUUUUGGAACCCGGAAGACACGUUCAAAAUCGGUAACACUAGUUGCUCUGUAGCUUUUCGCCUCGGUGGGUAUCGUAGAUUUAGGAGAGGUUUAAAAAGUGACCCCGUCCCUUGAUAGAUCCUACUUAGAGAGAGGCGGGAGACACCCGCCUCCGGAAGAACGAUCACGGCACUUAAUCGCGGCGUACGUUGACUCCUUCAGCCCGGCGGGACGGUGCAGAGAACCAUAUUUGUUUCUGAAGGAGAGGUCGCUCAGAGAGUAGGCCCCAUUCUCAUUCCAUCCCUGCAGACAUUCCUCACGGCUUCACGGUGGCCCGAAGGUCCGGUGUUCUGGCCCAGGGCCAACCCGUUAUUUUUUUGUUUUGUUUCUCCCCCCGGAGAAGAGAGUUCAAUUGUAUCUUCUUCUCCAGAGCGGAAAAAAGCCACGGGACAACCUUCGGCCCUUUAAAACCGAGUUCCCUAGGUUGUUGAACUUCUCCAUCCCGGUCGUCCAGAUCGCCGUUGUAUUUUUCUGUUUUUCCUUCCUGGUGUCGUCUGUUCUGUUUGGAAACCGUUUCCCGGUAAAGUCGGUAGUCUGUCCCCUCUGGAUCCUUGGCCGGCUAGGAAGAACCUACCUGUCUGUUAGGGGGGGAAAGAAACAGUCUGUAUGCGUUUACGGAACUCCUUUCGUAAUUCCUAAUGUCUUGCUAAAAGCUUCUCGCUUUCCACGUGGAAAAUCCAUAAUUCCCUAGUCUCUGCUUCGGAGAGAGAGUCCUGGGCUGCGGAUACUCGAAAAGCGAGCGCGUGGCCGCGUCCGCGUGAAGAAUCUGUUGACCGUGAGCCGGUCUGGGCCGUGGGCCGGUUUGCCUCGCCCGGAUUGGGACCGGGAGGUCCGGGUGGGCCGCGGAGGUGAGAUCAUUCCGUUCACGUUGGAGCGAGGGGCUUCGUUUCCCGUACAUCUCCACCGAUAGACUGGCUUUCCUUCUCAACUGGGGAAUUUCCCCUGCCCCUCUAUUUAGAAUAGGGGGUGGGACCUUCUCAGGCUGAUGGUUUUUUUUCCUUUUGUUGGUGGUUGUUUUUUAAUGGCCUAAAUUCCUGGUUUAACGCAAAAGGACGCAAAGCAGCCGGUCUCGGUAAGAGUGCAAUAUAUUUUUAUGUAAACGUACACACGAAUCUGUGGGAGGGAAUAUUUAUUUAGCAUGAAAUGUGUUCUGGGUCCAUUUAAAAACACUUCCCGAUGUAUGUGCAUGUCAGCAGAGUGCUCUGCAAAUGGUCACCCGCUGUGUCGUCUAACCUGCCGCCCGUAUCGGGGAAUAAAAUUUCAUACGAAUACAUCGA